UUCCUAAUACCAAAAAUAUAAUAAGAUAGAGCAUACCUCUGUUGAAGGGUAGAUGAACUUGAAAUAUUUUAAUUUUUCCUUUACAUUUUAUCAUGUGUAACAAUAAAUUCCCACCAAUUUUCGCUCUAUAUUACUUUGUAUUUGCAAUAUUCGUCUCCAACCUCGUGAACUUUCUCCAAUACUUUUCUGUCUCCUGCACAAAGCAGAAGCUGCAGGUAAUCCCUUUUGGCUGAAGAGACAAACAAUACAUACUUGGUUCAACCAGCAGCAUGACUAUUCCUGCUCCUGCAGCUUCUGUUCCCACAUUGAAGAGUCCAGUCCUCAUUGCCGGGGCAACUGGUUUUAUCGGUCAUUUUGUAGCAGAUGCCUGCCUAGACUCCGGUCGACCUACUUAUGUUCUUGUCCGGUCGACUCCUAUCAGCCCAUCUGCGGCUAAAGUUCUUAGGUCUCUUGAGGAGAAAGGAGCCAUAGUCUUGCAUGGGUUGAUAAAUGACAAGGAAAAGAUGGAGGAAAUACUUAAAGAGCAUAAGAUUGAUGCGGUAAUAUCAGCAGUUGGCGGUGACGGCAUAUCGGACCAGCUUGCCCUAAUCCAGGCUAUUAAAGCUGUGGGCACCAUUAAGAGAUUUUUGCCUUCAGAAUUUGGGCAUGACGUGGAUAGGGCUGAUCCAGUGGAACCAGGCCUUCAAAUGUACAAUGAGAAGCGCAAGAUUAGACGCUUGAUCGAGGAGUACGGUAUACCAUACACGUACAUUUGUUGCAAUUCUAUUGCUUCCUGGCCCUACUUCGACAAUACUCACCCUUUGGAGGUUCUUCCUCCGCUGGAUAAGUUCCAAAUCUACGGUGAUGGCAAUAUGAAAGCAUACUUUGUUGCUGGUACCGACAUUGGAAAAUUUACAAUGAAAACUGUUGAUGAUGUUCGAACCCUGAACAAGUCAGUUCAUUUUCGACCAUCCUGCAAUUUUUACAACAUGAACGAGCUUGCAGCUUUGUGGGAAAAGAAAAUUGGAAGAACACUCCCUCGAGCUACAGUUACAGAAGAAGAUUUACUUGCUGCAGCUGCAGAGAAUCGUAUACCAGAAAGUAUUGUUGCAUCAUUCACCCAUGAUAUUUUCAUCAAGGGUUGCCAAAUAAAUUCUUCAGUUGAUGGUCCUAAUGACGUCGAAGUGAGCUCUCUGUAUCCUGAUGAAGCAUUUCGUACAUUGGAUGAAUGCUUUGGUGACUUUGUUCUUGGAUUAAAUGAGAAGCAUGUCAGCAGCAGGGAUGAAAAUGCUCCUCCAAAUCCCAUGGUUGAACCAUUGAUAGUAACAGCAACCUGUGCCUAGACUUUUAAUUUUACAGUAAAUUGCUGAGUCUAGUUCUUGGGAGUUUGGGAUAAGAGGGCAGCAAAUAAGAUGUCAAAACUGCUUAAAUUCUCUGGGAAGUCUGAUCUGUGUUUGGUAUGAUUCAACAAAAAAUUUAUGUAUUUGUUAUUUGUAGUGGCAGAGAAAAUUGGUCUUCAAAUGAACUUAGGAUUUAAGAUAAGUGAAUUGUACUGUACCCAGUAGCCAAUUAGACUUAUUUUUGUUGUGUUCUUCAACUCCCUGGAAAUUGGGUGUUUCAAGUUCCAAUUAUCCGUCAAAUAAUUGGGUUAGAUUUGAAUGAGUGAAAUGAGAAUUUAAAAUUGGGGAAAAUAUCCCUGUUGUGUACUCUAAAUUUAAUGAAUUUUCUAUAAGGAUAGCAAUUUAAGAACAAUAAUAUGAUGUAAUAUUUUCUUAUGAAUAAAAAGGCAUUUCCUUUUCCAUUAA